AUGGAACUGGAAGACACGUACGUGCCGAAGUUGAAGGAUGAUAUUAUAUACCGGAAGCUGAAUAGACUGAAAGUCGAUCAGCUUUGCGAGUUAUCGGUGAAAUGGACUAGGAAAUUUGGCGCUGGCAGCCAGGAUCCCAUUAGUGUCGAGGAAGUGAAACAAACUAUCGAAGGCUACCUAGCACAACAGGUCAAUAAAAAGACGGUGAUUGCACAAAUGAUGUAUGUGUACUGGCCCAUGGGGCUCAAUGCAUAUCAAUUGGCAGAGAUAGACUGUAUCUUGCUGAUGGAAAGACCAGCGAAUUAUUCAUGGAAGUCCAAAUAUUUGAAAAACUCAUUAACAGGACAGAAUAGCAAUUUCUCAAUGAAUCCAAAGAAAUUCGUCUCAGCUCUUAAAAAUGAACUAACUAAAUUAUACCUCACACACUUUUUCUUAUGCCAGCAUGCUGUACUUCCUGUGCUAAUCCUGCGAAUACAGUCAUAUGAUACAAAUAAUCUCUUUCUAUCAUCGGUCAAAAGAAACAGAAUCAUACUAAAUGAAGAGAUAUUUGAACAGAAACUCAUAAAAUCAAAAGAGAACCAACUGAUCUCCAGGAAACCAUACUAUCUUGUAUUUGGCAUAAACACGCCCUUCAUAAUACAUUCCCCAGAGAAUGAUAUAUAUGCAUCCUUCAUCCACGACUGUAUAGAAAGAGUUCUCUCCUUCAGGGAUCCGAUAAUACUCGAGGAGAAGACCAAAACACCAAUCCUAAAUUUGGAAAAAAUCUUAAUAAUCGACGGUCCUUCUAGAUAUAGUAAAGCAAUGGGCCAAUGGAGUAAAUAUGCUGAAGGACAGGUUGAAACAACGCCAUUUGGAGAUAUAGAGAGCCACGAAUCAUACAAAGGCAGAAGGAUACUGGUAAGGAAGAUACACGACUUAGAUGACCUUGAUGAGGUGAAUCAUGAAGAUAGAGAUACCAAAAGACUCAGACUACAGAAAAAUAUGAUAAGGUUUAAAGGGUCAGAGAACGGUAUUAUCCAUGAAAAGAUUUUUGAGAUAAAAAAAAAGAUUGAUAAAGUCUACAAUUUAAGUCAAAAACAGUCUAAUAUCUUACUUUCAAAAUAUACCUCUUUGCUACCUAUGAAAAAGGCACAUUAUACUGUUACUAAUGAUAAUUGGUCUGGACCUUACAAUAAAGAAGAUGAGGAUGUAGAUAUUGCCAUUAUUGAGGGCGAAUCUGAUAAAGGUUCCCAAUCAAUUUCACUAAAACUAAUUGGCAAUGAUAUUUUUGGUGGUCUGCAUGAGCUUUGUGACCGUAAUUUGAUCGAUAUUGAACACAUGCCUGGUUGGCUGACAGGUGAAAAUGGUGCAUCUUCUGGAAUAAUUAAAAAUAACGAAUUCACCGCAACUGUUUCACCAAAAUCCGGAAUUAUUUAG